AUGGAAGAGGCGCUGGAACUUGUCGCUGCUGCAGGCCGUGAAGGUCCAUCCAAUUCUUCCUCGUUGACGGUGCACGAUGAUGUAGUCCCCUUGAAGAAGCAGGUGCCGUCUGCGCUUCGUGACGCGGACGCACUGGACUACAUACUCCGUCGUUCGUCAAGACAACCCGGCAAAUCGGGCGAAGAAGCAAGUGCCAAGGGGAUGCUCUGGUGCGACCGAAGCGUCACAUACGCCACGUUGUUCUCGCUGCGGUACAAUUCCCCUCUGGCGUCCAGAUUCGACUCGAAGUACAACUAUGGCAAGCGCGUGGCGUACGUGAUGCUGGGGCGGAGCUCAGCGUCGAAAUGCAACGUGAAUUCGUCGCAAAGCAGUUUGCCAAGAUGA